AUGGAGUCAAUAACAGCCAAUGGUUGGUGGGCGAAUUACGAACCUAAAAUUCAAAAUGGUGAAUGCGUCGCAGUUGAAAGAGAUGGAGAUAGAUUUAAAUGGGCUUUUGGCUCUUGUCAAGAGAAAAAUACUUUCGUGUGUCGCAGAAAAGUCUGUUCUGAAGGAUCGUUUCACUGUAGUAAUGAAAGAUGUAUUAAGUAUGAUUUAACUUGUGAUGGAGAAGAUGAUUGCGGUGAUAUGUCCGAUGAACUCAAUUGUAGCAAUCAAUGUGGAAACGUUUUACAAAAAGAAUCCGGAGAAAUCAUGUCAGAUAAUUUCCCUUCCCCGUAUCCCAUGAAUAAAAACUGUUUUUGGUUAAUUGAAGUGCCAGUUACUUACAACGCACAUCUGAAGUUUAGUAAUUUUAUCACUGAAGAAGGGCUAGAUAAGGUACAGGUGUUUGUUGGAGGAAUGACAGAAUCUACCUCCAAACUGGUGGCCACGCUUUCUGGUGAUAUGACAAGUAAAUUGCCUGAAUUCACCAGUCCUAACAACUUUAUCCUUGUAAAGUUCUCUUCCGAUGCCUCUACAGCUGCUGCAGGAUUCAAGGCUAUGUUUUCAGCCAAAAAAGAGAUGUUCCCAUUGAUGAAAAUGUUGACAGCAACAUCCAGUUACCAAACGUUGACUGCACCUUCCUAUCCUAAUAAUUACUUGGGAAAUCAAGACUACACAUGGAUAAUCGCCGCCGAACAACGAACGAGCAUCGUCACUUUACAGAUUGAGGAAGUAGAUCUAAAGGAUGAUGACGUGGUAGUUGUCCGAGAUGGCGAAGAUGUAACAAGCGAAGAACUUCUAAAAUUGACAUCCAGCAAUGAAAUAACAUCUCCAUUCAUCUUUUCAUCCAAACCUAAACUGUACAUCACCCUGCAGACUCGUGGCUACAAUACUGGCAAAGGUUUUAAACUUCAGUACAAACAAGGAUGUUCGAUUGAAUUUGUAGCUAGUCAGGGUAUGAUUCUCUCCCCUGGUUUUAACGCGGGUCAAUACCCAAAUUACGCCAAUUGUGAUUGGUUGAUUAAAGAAAAAGAGGGUAAACCAAUGACACUUUCGUUUAUUUCGUUCGAUAUCCAGACUUCGGGAGAUUCUUUGAAGGUUUAUAAUGGAACUAGUUCUUCAAGUGAAUUGAUCGGAGAUUAUAAAGGCAAUUAUAUUGGUGCAUCUUUACCUAGCAUCUUAGCUGAUACAGGCACUUUGUUCCUAACCUUUACUUCAGACAGUACUGGUUCUAAGAAGGGAUUCCAUCUUGAAUUUUCUGUAGAUUGUCCGGCGCCAAAUUUCAAUUCAUUUACGAAGACAAUGCCUGCCUCCCCAUCAAACAGCCCUGGUUCUGAAUUUGAAGUGGAAUGUGUGACAGGCUACCACUUGGCUGCAGAAGAAUUUCAGGAUCCUCUUGUUACAGAUAAGUUCCAGGCCAGACAGAAAAUCACAAUGAAGUGCAGCAGGGGAGGAAAAUGGAACACCUUAAGAAUGCCUACUUGUGAACCCAAGUAUUGUGGGAUAGCACCAGAGUUACCUAACGGGUACACUGUUAGCUCAACAGGUGUCACUUUUGGAAUGUCAGUCACCUAUAACUGUAUAAGUGGAUAUAGUUUUAAAGAAACAGCUAAAACUAGUGUAGAAUGUCUAGUCUCUGGACAAUGGGGUGACAUGCCUGUUUGUGAAGCCACUCAAUGUAUAACACCUACAUUAGCACCAAAUUCACAUUUGACAAAAACAGAGAAAUCCACUCCAUACGGGGCAGGUGUAUUCUUUUCCUGUGACCCAGGGUAUGAUUUGAUUGGUGCCCCUAAGUCCUACUGUGGUCCUAACGGCCAGUACACUGCUCCAGUCCCGACUUGUAAAGCUAUUGUUUGUGUUGUGCCCCCUAUUAUGAAUGGUGCCGUCGACAACAAAGACCCUGCUGAAUUUCAAAUAUCCAGAACAUUUACUUGUAACCAAGGUUAUACAUUAAGUGGUACAGGUUCUGUGUCAUGCGGUGCAGAUGGAAAUUUUGUAGGACUUCCUUCCUGUAGUGAUGUUAACGAAUGUAACACUGCAAACGGAGGAUGUAAUCAACAAUGUGAGAAUAUGGAGGGAUCGUUCAAGUGCUCCUGUAAUGACGGCUACAUACUCAAUGCUAAUAAAAAAACAUGUGAUGAUAUUAAAGAAUGCGAUGAAAACAAGGGAGGUUGUAGUGACAUGUGCUUAGAAAUGAAACCAGGAUAUAAAUGUGAAUGCAAUCCUGGAAGAGAACUAUUCACUCAAGAUGGUGUCAGCUCAUACUCAGUUAUGUCCCCUGAAAGUGGAUUAAGAGAAGGCGAUGUGUUACGUUAUAACCAUACCUGCGUCAAUAAACAGUGCCCCACACCAGUGAUGACACCAAACUUAAUCCUGCUGACAAAGAUGUCUGUGUUCCGAUUUCAAGAUGAAAUAGAAUUCGCGUGCCCUAUUGGGUAUAUGUUACAGGGCAGCAGUAAAUUAACUUGCCAGGUGGGGGCAACAUGGAGUGCAGCAGAACCUACUUGUAAAGCAAUCACCUGUGCAGCUACUGUAUCAAACGAUCUAAAGAACGAACCUGCGUUUAAUCCUGAAAACAAAACAGUUGGAUACAUGGAAAUGUUGGCCAUGACUUGUACAUACGCUGACGGAUCAACAAAGAUGAAGAAACAGUACUGUCUUUAUAACCAAACUACGGACUCGUAUAAUUUAGAAGGAGAUGACUACGAAUGUGGAACUAUCGAUUGUGGCAAACCACCGAACAUUCCUGGUGCCGUGUACGAAGGUUACACAGAUGGUGGAAACACGUCCUAUGGCGCCACCUAUGCCUUUAAAUGUGAUACAUUAUAUACCAUUGUGACCAGUAUAGCGAACCCCGACGACAGGGUCAUAAACUGUGGAGUUGACAGGAAAUGGGAUGCUAAAGAUAUGCGAUGUGAAGGUAUUACAUGUGUUGAUCCCGGGCGGCCUCUGAAUGGAUAUCAGAAUGCUACAAGUUACGAAGAGGGAGAACUUGUGAUGUUCGGUUGUUCCUUGGAUGGUUACACCCUGGAUUCUAUUUAUCCAAUCACAUGUAUUAAAGAUGGAACUGGAAAUGGUUUAGAAUGGAAUAGCACAGUACCAAAGUGUCUGGAUACUCAGAAACCAAAAAUCACUGGUUGUCAGGAACUUGAAGUUGAUCUUUAUUCUUCGGCUGAUGUUAUCAAUAUUCCCAACUUUUCCGACAAUGGUGGAUUAAAAUUAAUGAAAGUGACGCCAUUUUAUCCCGCGGCUGACAUCAUUCUUUCCAGUAAAGAUAAAUUAUUGACGUUUGAAUUUGAGGAUAAUGCAGGCAACAAAGAUUCUUGUAAUACAAAAAUAUCCAUCAAAGACACAGUACCACCAACAUUAACCUGUCCAGAAUCGUAUUCUAUUUCAAUCGAGAUGGAAACAGACACAACGAUAGAUAACUUUUCCAAUAAUCCUGCAAUUGCUACUGAUGACAGUGGAGAUGUGACAAUUACCUAUAACCCACCAACUGUAACAGCUGAUGUAGGCCAUCUAAAUAUUGCCCAGCCUGUAAAUGUAGAAGCUUCUGAUAAAUUUGGAAACAAAGCCACCUGUACCUUUCAAGUGGUCACUUCUGCUGCACCUUGUUCACCACUAUCGUUUCCUGUUGCAGCCCAUACCACUAAAACCUGUAGCAAUAUAACCAAUGGUUAUCAGUGUAAUUUGACGUGUGAGACCAAUUACUUAUUUCUAGAUUCCUCCAAUGCUCAGGUGUUUUCCUGUAUUGACAAUAAUCCUUGGGAUCAAGCAGCUAUUGAUGUGGCUGGAGGAUGUUCAAGAGCUGACGUUGAUGCUAAGUAUACCGUUGAACUUGUAUAUGAAUAUAAAAAAGAGGAUGGUAGUGCCAUACAAGAUGGUUGUGAAGAAAGCUAUAAAGAAAGUAUUCAACGAACCAUGGCUAAAGUUUCUUCUGACCUCCAGAAAAAAUGUGUAGAUACAUACGAUAACCCAGCAACAGUCUCUUCAGAUGUAAAAUCUGUUACAAUAUCAGGCAGUUCGGUCUUUGCAUCCUUUGUUAUCCAGAUUAAUGGAAAUCAAGCAUCCAGUUGUGGGAACUUUUUCACUUUAGACUUAGAAAACCCAACCUUCUUCAUCAACGGUUUUUAUAAAGGUCCAUACUCAGGAAGUGUUUGUUCUGUUAUUAAUGUUGUGGUUAAUAAUAACAAAGUCUCUGUAACUAAUCCCUUUACAGAAUUCUCCUGCGACAGAACUAGGAAGCUUGCAAACUUCAAAUGCUUACUAUGUUCUGAAGGAUAUGAAAAUAUGAAUUUAACGAGUGGUUUGAUAGAUUGCCAGCCGUGUGCUCGAGGCAAGUUUACCGUUGAUGGAAAUCGUCAGGUCUGUGAAAUGUGUAGUAUUGGUACCACUACCUAUCUUACUGGUCGCUAUAGCAACGCUGACUGUAAAGGAAAAUGUAGCGAUGGGUCAGUCUCGGCCACUGGGCUAGCUCCAUGUAUUGAAUGUCCCAGAAAUACGUAUUUUGUCAAUGAAAGCUACUGUGAGCCCUGUCCUGGAAAUGGAAUAACUCGACAAUCUGCUUCAACUAAUCUCACUGACUGCAAAGAUGAUAAUUCAGAAUAUGAUUUUAAGAAUGUAGUAAAUCAGAGGUUGCCAGACUUUCUUUUGAGGACUCUGAUUAGCUGUAUUCUCAAAUAUACAAUCCAAUCAAAUACAAGAAAGGUGACUAUUGCAGUCAAGGCCACAGAUACCACGUCUAGUACCGGCAGUACUAAAGCUAGUGAUUGUACCGAUGCCCAAAUUUGUCAAGGACCCAAUCCAUGUCAAAAUGGUGGAUCAUGUAUAUCGUCUCAACACACGUUUAAAUGUGAUUGUCCCACAGGGUAUUAUGGGAAGGUAUGUGAUAAAGUGUUCAACCCAUGUUCGUCCAAUCCAUGCUAUAAUGGAGGUGUCUGUACCCAGACGGGCUCAACCACCACUUACACUUGUUCAUGUCCACAAGGUACGAGUGGACAAAAUUGUGAAACUGAUUUGCCAAACUGUGAUCCCUAUCCAUGUGGGACUAACGGAAUGUGUCAGGACUACAUUGAUAGCUAUUUCUGUCAUUGUAAGAGUGGAUAUAAAGGACAAAAUUGUAGUGAAACUUCUGAUGUUUGUUUGGAAAAACCAUGUUCUUCUCCUGGAACAGAUGGAGUUUGUGUCAAACAGGGCACAGCUCGUAGAAAGUGUAACUGUCUACCAGGCUAUAGUGGUGAUGACUGUUCUGAAAAUAUAGAUGAAUGUGCCAGUACGCCAUGUUUGAAUCGAGGGAAGUGUAAUGACUUAGUUGCUGAAUACAAUUGUGAAUGUAAUGAAGGCUAUAAUGGUGAUCAGUGUACAAUGAGAGAUAGUCUAUGUAAAGGAGUAACUUGCACCAAUGGCAUGUGUAUAGAGGAUCAUAUGCAGAAUACAUAUCUAUGCCUUUGUGAUAAGGGCUACAUGUAUAAUUCCACAACUAAAACUUGUGAUAUGAUAGAUAACUGUGAAUCUGAUCCGUGUGUAUCUGAUAAUACAGUAACUGAUGGCUGUAGUAGUAGUAUUGAGGGUUUCAAAUGUACCUGUAAAAGUGGUUACACAGGUUCAAAAUGUCAACAUAAUAUAGAUGAUUGUGCUUCAAUGCCCUGUGGUAAAAACUCUGUAAUGUGUACUGAUCUACUCAAUGGCUUUAAUUGUACUUGUAAGGAAGGAUAUGAAGGAGAUACAUGUCAAAGGUUAAAAGAUACAUGUAGUGGCAGCCCAUGUAAAGGUGAGGGUGUUAAGAAGUGUAAACUGGUCCCUAAUGACUAUAUAUGUGAGUGUAUACCUGGCUACACUGGUAAGAAUUGUGAGACUAAUAUAGAUGAUUGUGCUAGCCGACCUUGUAUGCAUGGUUCUAAUUGUACAGAUAAAGUUAACGGCUUUUCAUGUGAUUGUGAGGCUGGUUGGAUGGGAGAUAUGUGUGAAGAAGAAGUUGAUAGUUGUAAAUCCAAUCAGUGUGUUAACGGUGCCGAAUGUCAGAAUCUCUUCAAUGAUUAUUAUUGCGACUGUAAAGACAAUACGUAUGACAGAAAUUGUAGCCAGAAGGAAAACCUCUGCCAGAGUGCCAACCCAUGUAUUCAUGAUCAGCCUUGUACAGAGACUAACGGUUUAAAGUGUAUGUGUAGUUCAGAAUGGAAAGGUAUUGGCUGCGAGAUCGCUGUAGAUUAUUGUGCUGAAGAUGUUUGUUUACAUGGUGGAAAAUGUACUCCUUCAUUAUUCAAUUAUACCUGUGAAUGUUUCAAUGGAUAUCAAGGUAGAAACUGUGAUGAAAACCCUGAUAAUUGUGCAGGAGUUACCUGCCCUGGUGGCGCCACCUGCGUGGACGGAGAGGAUCAAUAUUUCUGCCGAUGUCCACUUGGUAAAGUCGGCAAAGAUUGUGACAAAGACUUAGAUACAGACUACAUGUUACUCUUCAAUUCUCCAAUGAAAGAUGGAAUGGCGGCUUUUCCCUACCCAAUAUCCUUCAAGUCUAACCAGUUUUCUAUCACUUUCUGGGUCAGAUUCUGGGAUAUUGACGAUACUGGGAAUUUCCUGUCCAUCUUCUUCACAGAAUCUCAGGCGAGUACAAAGGUCACAAGUAAACUGUUGAAUAUUGAUCAUGAAGGUUUAAAGAUAAUGAAUGGAACAGAAGAAAAGAGUUAUACAUCAAAAUAUAUCUCAAAACACAAUGACGGAAAAUGGCAUAAUAUUGCCGUGACUUGGAAUGGAGAGACAGGUGUUUUGAAAUACGUGGUAGAUUCACUCAGUGAUGGUCCCAUUGCAGAUUUUUCCACUGGUAUAACAGUAGACUCAAAUGUUUGGGUAGUAUUGGGAGUUAAAUAUGACUAUCAGAUGAAAAAACCAAUCAUGAAUCAGGGAUUCCGCGGCUGGAUAAGUCAGGUCAAUCUCUACAGUUCUGUCGUUGAUUUUGAAACAGAGAUACCACAGUUACUAAAAACGCCACAAAAAGUUUUCAAUGACAGUAAUCCAGUUCAGCUGUGGUCAGACUAUGAAUUAAUGAGAAAUGUACAACGUGUACCACAGUCCACUAUUCAACAUCCAAAAGAUUCCUGUCCCAGAGGAUUCUCUAAUCCUAAUGCCUGUGAUAGAAAGGAUCCAGGUAGAACACAGGUGAAAGUUGAGAAAUGUCCAGAUAAUAUUGUAAUGAUGGGAGAGAAGAGAAUCACCCAGGCCACGUGGACACCACCAGAGUUCCCCGACAGUGAUACUGUAAUAUCUAAUUACGCCCCAGAUUCCCAGUUCUUGUGGGGUAUGUACCCUAUUGUUUACCAAGCUAGUUCAAAUGCUGGUCACAAAGCUUUGUGUACUUUCUAUCUAUUCAUACAAUAUGAUGCGUGUAGUAAACCAGAAGAUCCUACCAAUGGUAAACAGAUCUACUUACCUAGUGCUGGAAAAUUCCACGCUGCCUCUGAAGUCGGCUGUAAUGAUGACUUUGAAUUUUCUCAACCCACACCAGCGCUUUAUACGUGUGGUUUAAUCGGAAGUUGGGAUCCUCCAAGGAUGUAUAAUACCUUUGUUCUGCCACCUUGUGGAGCGAAAAAGACGCCUCCAAAAGUACAAGUGAAAUUGACUGUCAAGUAUAAGAUAAAAACAAAUGAUUGUCCUCAAGUUAAAGAUUCUUUAAUUGCUUUGAUUCGAGAACGAUUUGUAGCUGUUAGUAAGAAACAUGGUAAUAAGAUCUGUGGUACUGCUGACUGUUCUGAUAUUGGUGUUGUGAUUGAGUGUAUUGCUACCAGACGUAGAAAGAGACAGACUGGUGACGUCACAGUUGUAAUCUCUGUUCCUUUAGUACCAUCUGUUUUGAACCCUGAAGGUGGUGGAACCAUCACACCGGAAGAAUUGAUCAAUCAACUCUUGUUAGGUGGGGGAGGAGAACUCGACUUUCAGAAUCAGAUCCCAGGAGCCACCCCCAUCACAAAUGCUGUCACGAUUGUGAGCACCCCUGCCUGUCCCGAGGGUCAAACGGUCAUCAGUGAACAAUGUGUGGAAUGUGCUGCAGGAACCUUUUAUGAUGUAUCUUCGAAGAUGUGUAAGAGCUGUCCAAUAAACAAAUAUCAGAAUAUGGCAGGACAGAAAGAAUGUAUGUCAUGUACUGCAGGAUUGACCACUGAGAAUAUGGGAUCAGAGAAAGUGUCGGAUUGUAAAGAUGAUUGUCCAUUGGGUGAAGAGUUGACAGGAGCAGGCCAAUGUCAGAAAUGUCCCGUAGGAAAAUAUCGUAGUGCAGACGACACCAGCUGUCAACCAUGUGAUGCUGGCACUACUACUGCAGGUGAAGGCACGACUUCCAAAAAAGAUUGUAAUUUAGGUGAUUGUCAGAAGGGAUAUAAACGUACCAGUGGAACCAACUGUGAGAUAUGUCCUGUUGGUUCGUACCAAGACAAGGUUCACCAGACGGAAUGUAUAUCUUGUGGUGGAAGUAGUUAUAGAACCGAUCAGGAAGGUUCCAAAUCUAAAACAGAUUGCAAAUUUUUCUGUCCAGACGGAGAAGAACAGUUGGAUAAAAAUGCCACAGUUUGUACCAAAUGUGGAAUUGGUUUCCAUAGAAACAGUUCUGUGUAUCCAUAUCAAAUUUGCCAACCAUGUCCAGGCAAUUUUAAAACACCUAAAGAGGGAGCUGUUUCUGACACCGAAUGCACCAUCUUUAAAUGUCCAGCAGGCAAAUAUCCAGUCAUGGAUAAAUGUGAACCUUGUCCCUUGGGCGAGUUCCAACCGGAGGCUGAGAAAGAAAAAUGUAUUAAAUGUACUGGAGAUCUGAGCACCAGAAAUAAAGGAUCUACCAAUGAAUCCCAGUGUGAAAUUUUCUGUCCAGACGGAGAAGAACAGUUGGAUAAAAAUGCCACAGUUUGUACCAAAUGUGGAAUUGGUUUCCAUAGAAACAGUUCUGUGUAUCCAUAUCAAAUUUGCCAACCAUGUCCAGGCAAUUUUAAAACACCUAAAGAGGGAGCUGUUUCUGACACCGAAUGCACCAUCUAUAAAUGUCCAGCAGGCAAAUAUCCAGUCAUGGAUAAAUGUGAACCUUGUCCCUUGGGCGAGUUCCAACCGGAGGCUGAGAAAGAAAAAUGUAUUAAAUGUACUGGAGAUCUGAGCACCAGAAAUAAAGGAUCUACCAAUGAAUCCCAGUGUGAAAAUUACUGUGUUUCUGGAGAGGAGAAGAAUGCCAAUGGAACCUGUGAUACAUGUCAAAGAGGAUAUUAUAAAGACAAUAAAGAGGGUUUGUUUGGAGAAUGUAAUCUGUGUCCUAUAGAAUUUAUAACACUUGGUACAGGAGCUAAGCAAGCCUCAGACUGUAAUGUCAAAAAUUGUAGCGCUGGGUCUAAACUCGAAAGUAAUCAAUGUAUUGAUUGUCCAGUUGGAUUUUAUCAAGAAGAGAAAUGGCAGACUACGUGUAUGAAAUGUGAUGCAGAAAAAACGACAGAAAAUAAGGGAGCUGAUCGAAAGGAACUAUGUAUCUUGAAAUGUAACCCAGGUAAAGAGGAUGUCAACGGAACCUGUACAGAUUGUCAAGUUGGUUUCUAUAAGUCUACGCAGGCUGCCGAGAAAUGCAAGAUGUGUCCGACUGGCUUUAUAACUAUAGCUACUGGUUCCACAUCAGACACUGACUGUAAAGUUGCUGCUUGUACCCCCGGAGAAUAUCGAGACGAUGCUUUGAAUUCAUGUAAGAAGUGUACAUAUGGUGAUUAUCAACCAAUGAAAUGGCAGACUGAAUGUCUGAGUUGUGGAGCAGGAAAUACAACGUAUGUUAAAGGUGCCGAUGACAUCAGCCAAUGUCAAGCGGACUGUCUCGUCGGACAGGAGAACAUAAACAACACCUGUUCUCCUUGUGAAAUUGGAUUCUACCGAGAUAAGGUGGAUAAAGAACAGCCAAGAUGUCUGAAAUGUCCUGGAAACAAAAUCACUGCCGAGACUGGCGCCACGAAAGCUGAAGACUGUACAGUCACUGCCUGUGUGACUCUGGGAGAAUAUUUAGUAGAGGCUACUAAUCAAUGUCAAAAAUGUCCGAAAGGCCAGUACCAAAAUGAAGAACGUCAGAAAUCAUGUAAAAAUUGUCCAACUGGAAAAACAACAGAAAAUGAAGGAAGCUCAAAGCCUAAUGAUUGUAAAACUGAUUGUCUGGCCGGGUCUCAAUAUAACGAAGGUGCUGGUAAAUGUGAACUCUGCCCUGUGGGUCAGUAUCGAGAUAAAACAACCUGGGGUUGUCAGAUGUGUCCUGAUCAACUAUCUACCACCCAAACUGGUGCUGUUUCGCAAAGCGAGUGUACGAAAUCUCCAUGUAAGGCAGGAGAGAAAUUUGAUCAGACGCAGAAGAAGUGUGUAGCAUGUCCUCUUAACACUUACCAACCAGACGCCAACAAAUUUGAAUGUAUUUCCUGUACACGGGGAGAAUCCACGUCAUCAACUGGUAGUACAGCUGCUUCAGAUUGUCAAAAGAAAUGUUCAGACGCCACAAAGAUUGAUUGUCAUAGUAACGCUGUAUGUACUAAUGUAGCAACUGAUAAGGGCUACACGUGUACUUGUACAGAUGAUUACCAAGGUGAUGGAGUAAACUGUACAAAUAAAUGUUUAUUGGGUUAUUGCGGUAAUUUUGGAACGUGCGUCCCCGAUUCCUCACCUAUUCAGUGUCAAUGUCGGGAAAAUUAUGAAGGUGCUCAAUGUCAGAGCAGAAAAGAUCCAAGUGUGAGUGGACCUCUAGCUAACAAAACUAUUAUUAUUGGUGUGGUCACAGCAGUAGCCUUAUUACUAUUUAUUAUAUUAAUUAUAGUCUGUAUUAUUGUCAGAGCCAGACGACGACACCAGAAACGAAAGCCAUUUUUAAAUGAAUUUGAUGAUAGAAGUGUUGGAACGAGAAUGUCUUUUCAAAAUUACGACCCUUACGGAUCUAAACCUCCGUCAAUGGGAGGUCAAAGGUUAAUGUUACCAUCUAAUGUGGAGAAGAUGUACGACAACCCUGUGUUUAGAGAGGAUGAUCCAGCUGUGUAUAGAGCCUAGAUCUGCCAUCUUAUCUUCCAUCAAUAACCUUGACCCCUGAUCAAGGCCAAGGUUACCAUCAUCACCUCUUGAUCAUCAUUAUUUAAACCAGGUUUAAAGCAUGACCCCAUUAUGACCUAUGAACUUUCAUGACCUCUUUUUUGUAUUUGUACUUACAACUUUACUAAUGUUUUUAUUGUUUGUUUUUUUUUAAAUUUUUGAUUUGAAAUAUAUUGCAAUAUUGUGUGUGCAAGAAAUUAGGAUCAUUCCAAUCAAAACUGUUUCAAAACAUAUUUAUAGUUUGAAAAUUUUCAUUUUUCUCUGACAUUAGGACGCAAAUUUGACCAUAUUUUGGUGUAUUUUUGUGGAAAAAAGCAGAAUUUUCACAAAAGGUUUUCCAGUUUUAAUCUGAAAUCUAUUUUAAUCAAUAUAAUUAAAAGAGGUGCAGGACACCUUCUGAUUAAAUGUUU